GUCAAUGUGUGUGUGUGUAAGUCGAUAUGUGUCUGUGUUUUUUGCGCCCGGGCAACGCCGAGUACUUCCCGCUGGUAUGCGAUAAAUGUAUGAACGCUUGCCAACGUGGAACUUCCGCGGAUUUCUUUUUGUUCGUCAUUGGUGAUAAAGUCGGGGGCUGAGUGAGUGGGAGGGAGAUAGAAGAUGGCUUAGAUGAGGAGGCGAAAACCUGCGGUUCCGGAACCUCAUGAGGCUUUUUAAGGACUGCUUCGUGACGAUAUUUAUUAGGGACCGUCUCGUAAUUCACACGCAUUGCGGCUCUUGAAAUAUCGAUUUUUUUUUGUUUACAGAAUUCUAUUUUUUAAAAAUGUCUCUUUUUUAAUUUUGGUUGCCGAUCGCUGGCCAACGCAGAACUUCCGCGGAUGUUUAGAGCUGCCGUGGAUUUCUUUGUGUUCGUCAUGGUGAUAAAGUGGGAGGUUGCUGAGUGGGAGGCAGAGCGUUAUAUAUAAAUAUAUAACGCCGUGUGCCAGUGAGGAGAGAGAGAGAGCCGACUACACCGAGCAUCUUCUUGUUUCCUCUGAUCGUAAAAAAGAGAGAGACGGAACGAGGGAGCCGAGAAGAAGGGAGAGAGAUCGGAUCGCUGUUCACUCCGUCGUGGUGCUGAUCGGCUCGGCUUCAUAUAAAACGCGCGCGCACGCACGCACACACACAGACCAGCGUUAUUGUGUAAACGUUCUUUCGCUUUACUCACUUCAGCCGCUGUGGUCGUGCGUCAGAGAUAAGGAGGGUUAGCCGAAGGAAUACUCGGCAAGAGUGGGAUUAGGGAAGCUCGCGGACGGGAGAUAUUCUGGAGGAGGAACACAACGGAAACGGAUAAAUGUGAAGGGCAGGCGAGUGGUGAUGAUGAAUUAUAAUAAUAAUCCUCAUAAUAAAACCUUUAUAGUCUAGAAUAGCAUGCAGCUGUCUUGCAGGCGAGAGCUGGGAUUAUAAGGGAAAUCCACGACAGAUAUAGCAUGCAGAUUAAGAAUACGUUUGCUACGGUACAGUACUUGUGAAUACAUUACGAAUCGUCACCGCAUUAGACGUACGAAUGAAUAAACGGUAGAGAAAGAUUUUAUGGAAAUGAAUUAUAUAUUUUAUAUUAAUAAUACAUUAUUAAAAAAAAAACGUACUGUUUAGAGUACAAUUAAGUUUAUAAGCGGGGGCGAUAGCUGGGAUUAUAGCUGAACGAAAGAGGCAGGUAAGCACGCAGAUUAACAACGCGUGGUGUAGCCUACGACGCAGCAGCAGCAGCAGACUCGUCUCGCUGUGCGAAUAUUGGCAAUCAUCGAACGAGCGAAAUUAAUUAAUGAAUGAGCGCGAAAGGAAAGACACGGGUGACGAGACGAGAAGACGUUGCGGCAACCGAAGCAGGAAGAAUAAUAUAUCGUGUGAAGAGCGUACCGGAUUGCGAAUGUCACCAACAUUGAAUGGACGUACGCAUGAAUGAUUUAGUGAAUGGGCGCUUAGAGGAACGACGGGGCAAGACGAGACAUCGGCAACCCGGCACUGGGAGAAUAUUUCAAAGCGUCCUUCGACGAAGAGUGUGAGCGAGAGAGGAGAAGCAUGGAGGAAGAACUCAAGUGCCCCGUGUGCCAGGCGCUGUUCCGCGAUCCGGUGAUCCUUCCCUGCUCGCACAGCCUGUGCCAAGACUGCGCCUCCACGUGCACCGCCACGCCAAGCCCAGACUGCGAGACGCCUUCUUCUCCUCUUCUACCGCCACAGCAUAAUCCUCCUCCUCAACAUCAGCAUCAUCAUCAACAGCAGCAGCAUCAUCAUCAGCAGCUGCAACAACAACAGCUGCAACAGCAGCAGCAACAGCGAAGGGCGUCUUGCCCCGACUACGAGGCAGCUGGCCUCGACGCGGAUCAGCUGAGCCUCUACAGCGAAGCGGACAGCGGCUACUACGGCUCCUUCCUCGGCAACCCGUCGGGAGGCUCCCCGGGGCCCCUGCGUUCCACCCCGCUGAGCCGCCACACUCUCCUGCUGCUGCUGCCCGCGCUCGCGUGCCCGCGAUGUAGCAGGGUGGCGCAUCUGGACGAGAGGGGAGCGCAGGGUCUGCCCCGCAACAGGGUGCUGGCGGCGGUCGUGCGCAGAUUCCGACUGCGGGAGCGGCAAGAGAAGGAGGAGGAUGAUGAGGAUGAUGUUGAGGAUGUUGACGAGGAAGUAGCCAACGCCGGAGGCGUCAAGGUAAUCGCUGGUGGCGGUGCUGCUGCUGCUGCUGCUGCUGGCGACGGUGGUUCUCCGACAGUCUGCGAGCUUUGCGAUGGCGAUCGCCCCGAGGCUGCGAGCGUGCUCUGUGAGCAGUGCCAGGUGGCGUACUGCAACGCGUGCCGCGAGAGAUGCCACCCGGCCCGCGGGCCCCUCGCCCGCCAUCGACUGCUGCCCGCGGCGGGCAGAAGCCGUGAUGCGGCUGCCGACGAGUCGGCGGCGUGGAAGCAGAGGGCUCACGAUGGUGACGGCGAUGAGACGCAGCAGGAGGAGGGAGCAGCCGCUCAGGAGGUCCCGCCGUGCUCCGGCCUGGUGGCGUCGCGUCGCAAGUCGCUCACCGGCCGCCUCUCGCCGGCCGUCUGGCAGCAGCAGCAGCAGCAGCGGCGGCAGCGGCGGCGGCGGCGGCCGCCUCACGAGGGGCUGCCGGAUCGGCCGGAGUCCGUCGACCCGGCGGGAGGAGGAAGAGGAGGAGGAAGAGGAGGAGGAGGCACCGUGAGCGCGACCGUGAGCGCGUGCGACGAGCACGAGCUGGAGCACCACAGCAUGUUCUGCGUGACGUGCGCCCGCCCCGUGUGCUACCAGUGCCUGGAGGAGGGCAGCCACUCGCGGCACACCGUGCGGGCCCUCGGGGCAAUGUGGCUUCAGCACAAGAGUCAGCUGUCGCUUGCGCUGGCCGGCCUGGCGGACAGGGCCACGCAAGCCCACGCCUUCGUCCAGGGGCUCAAGGACGCACUGCAGAGUGUGCAGGAGAACAGCGUGGAGCUGGAGGCUUGCCUGGUGGCGCAGGUGGACGCCCUGAUGGACGCGCUGCAGCACCGCAAGACCCAGCUGCUGGCGCGGGUGGCGCAGGAGAGGGACCACCAACUUCAGGCGGUGCACGAGGAGGUGGUGCGCUACGACGCGAGGCUCCACAAGACUGUGGGGCUCCUCGAGUUCUGCCGGGAGGUGAUGCACGAGGCUGACCCCAGCGGCUUCCUGCAGAUCUCGGAGGGGCUGAUCGUGCGCGUGGCGUCGAGCGGCGACGAGUGGGCCCGCGUCUGCGAGCAGCCGCGGCCGCCGGCCGAGCUCGGCCUGGACCUCGACAUGGAGCCGCUGCACGCGGCCAUCCACCAGCUCGACUUCGUGCAGAUGAAAGCGCCGCCGGCCCCCGUGCUGGAGCUGUCCUCCGAGUGCCGCACGGAGGGCAGCGCCGCGACGCUGUGCUGGGCACCGGCGCCGCGCACGCCCGUCCGCGUCGACGGCUUCAUCCUGGAGCUCGACGACGGCAGCGGGGGGGCCUUCCGGGAGGUGUACGAGGGCACGGAGGUCAUGUGCACGCUCGACGGGCUGCACUUCAGCAGCACGUACCGGGCGCGUGUCAAGGCCUACAACCACGCGGGCGCCGGGCCCUACAGCAAGACCGUGCUGCUGCAGACCUCGCCCGUGGCGUGGUUCGCGUGGGACCCGACGGCGGUGCACGAGGACGUGGCGGUGUCGAGCGAGGGCCGCGUGGCCACGUGCCGGAGCUGCGAGGACCGCGUGGUGCUCGGCACCGCUGGGUUCUCCCGCGGCGUCCACUACUGGGAGGUGCGGCUGGACCGCUACGAGGGCCGGCCGGACCCGGCGUUCGGCGUUGCCCGGCGCGCCGUGCGGAUGGACGCCAUGCUGGGCCGCGACCCCCACGGCUGGGCCAUGUACGUGGACAGCAACCGCAGCUGGAUACUCCACAACAACACGCACACGCGCAGGACGGAAGGCGGCAUCGGGAAGGGCAGCCAUGUGGGACUGCUGCUCGACCUGGAGGGCCGGACACUGUCCUUCUUCCUGGAGAGGGAACAAGUUGGAUCCCUGUCCCUGGGCUCAGCCGAGGGGCCGUUCUACCCGGCGCUGAGCCUUAACCGUGGCGUGCAGGUCACCCUGUUUUCGGGCCUUGACAUCCCGGAGCUUGGCUGCGGCAGCAAAGUGGCUCAGGCCUGAUGGACAAACGGCUUCCCCGGGGCCAGCGCCGGUCUUCCCAGCAAGGCACGGACGCCACUGCCGCCCCCCCCCCCCCCCCCCCCACUAUCCUCCACCCUCCCCAGAUCGUCGCCACGCAAUUCCCAGCCGCCCCUUCCCACUAGCCACGCACAAGAUGGACCGCUCCGAAGCGGCCGUUGCUACGUGGGGCGGCGGUGAACACCGCUGACCGUGCUGUACCGAUGAGUCCUGGCGAGGACGAAGCCGGUUGUGCCGUCACAGUUCUGGCGAGCCGGCGGCUUAGACAAGGCUGAGGGCAUCGAACACGCAACGCGGUGGUCACACAACGUGCACGCAAAGCAUGAUGGGAACGUCGCGCCUUCGUGCUGUUUGUGAGCACCCCCUUUGCGCGUCGUCAAACCUACGUGGCCAUGGUUUAAAAAAAAAACCGAUGUGAAGCUAUUCGCGUUGUUUUUUUUUAAGCGAUGGAAAUGUACAGCUCUAAGUGAUUGUCGGUCGUGGCGACGUAGCAGCGAUGGUAGUCUGGAAAUAGACUAUGUUGCUUUGCCGUCCGUGGCACUUUCUAUUCUUGCGUUUGCUAUGAUUUCACGAUCGAUUGAGCAGCGAUUCGGUCUUCUUGUCGUUCGUUUGUAUGGCGGGGGGGGGGGGGGCGGGGAGUUGAUUCACAUCGACGUUGGUGAGUGAGCCAGCGAACGAGAUACUCGUUUGAGGAUCCAUUGACCCGUAGACUCGCAUAGACAUCCAUCGGCUCACACGUACACAUGGCUGGUGAAUAUCUGACAUGUUGCCAGCGAAUGAUGAGACUCAUAUAGAGACUCACAGACUUACAGAGAGGCCCAUAGACUCACAUUGACAUCCAUAGACACAGACACGCACACACAUGCCCAUGGUGAAUAUCUGAAAUUCUGCCAGCGAAUGGCUC